AUGUUGACACUUGACUUCACAGGAAAACGCACAACAGAUAAACGUGGUUCACAAAUGCAAAGGUAUUUAUAUGAGUGGACAAUCACUUCGACGAGGCAACAUCAUCAGAUCGCUUUCGAAAUGUUGUUUUACGUUAUCCUGCUCGUCGUAGCCUUGAUGUUACCAUCAAGUGAGGGAGUAAAUAUCAAACAACUCAGAGAAGCCGAUGAGGAUAUUGUAAUAUAUUUUCCAUCUGAUACGCUAGAAAAGAUGCAAAGUCAUGAUAAAAAAGAUUCUCUAAAAGGUACACGAGUGCCUACGGGCGGAGGGAGAAGCGGCCACAAUAUCCGAAUACCAGAAGGUUAUUUUGAGCAACAGUGCAUUGAUGAGAGCGAACCAUCUCAGGCCUGCGCAGAUAUAUGUUUCAUUGUUCAGACAUCGUGUAUGGAAAAUGCAGAAGAUGUCAUGGAUAGCAUUAAGAGAGAUAUCAAUACGAUUAUGGGUAAAUUGAGUGACCAAUCAAGAUUCACAAUUGUUACAUAUAGCUCAAAUGCAAACUCUGAAGAAGGAUGGUUGAGGAAAGGUGGAGAAAUCCAAUCGAGAAAAAUCUUCAAGUCUGGAAAAAAAUGUAAUGAUUGCCAGGCACAAACUCACAAAGCCUUAGAAAUAUGUCGAAAAAAGAUUAAGGACCUGCAAAAAAAUGACAUCGACAAGGAAAAGUUUUUCCCAAAAAAUAUUGUAAUAUUCACUGACGGGAUAUCCUCAAGUACCAAGCGUAACCCGGGAAAACCAAGAUUUGAUACAAUAGAUGAAGCUCUGCGCAUACAGAGGAAAACAGAUAUUAACAUACAGGUUGUAAAGAUUGAGACAGAAAAAGCAGGUGACGAAAUUACCGGGGCUAAUGAAUGGAUGGUUUUAGACAACUAUCCAGGGGGCUCAGGUGUGGACUUCAUAAAUGUGGACGGACUUGGAUUAGGUGUUGAUCAAGAUGUUGACAUUGUGUUACAAUCGUGUGGAAUAAAAACAGAUAACCCAGAGUGUUGUUGCACGGCUGAUGUUGUAUUAAUCGUUGACCGCUCCAAUAGUAUCAAAAAGAAAGAUGUCAAUAUUACACUAGAAUUCUUUGACGAUUUCAUCAAAGUUCAAAAGAAAAUUCUUGAACCCACUGAUAUUGAUAGGACUUACUGUGGAGGAUUACAGAUUGCCGUGAUAUCGUAUGGGCUUGACGUUGAAAUACACGCUCACUUGGGUCAAUAUGGUAAGACUGGCCUUAUAAGCGUAAUAGGCAAUAUAGCAAGGGCAACAGAAAAAUUUACACACACUCACAAAGCAUUGGAUGCAGCUUUGAAUGAGUUAAAGACAAAUGGACGGAACCAAAGCCAUGUGCGGAAAAUUGUUGUGAUAUUUACUGAUGGAAGAACUUGGAAGAAAGGUGACAGAAAAGCAUACGAAGGGAAUGAUACAAUAAACGCAGCACAAAGGAUAAAAGACAUUGGUGGGGAAAUGUAUGUAACUGGACUGCCGAAUCACAAGAACAUAAGCGAUGGCUAUGAAAGAGAGUGGAAAUUCAUUGCAUCUCCCCCAAUAGAGUGUACCAUUGUGAACAUGCAAGUAGAAGACGCACUCGAUGGACCGUUCACAGAACUUGAAUAUGCUGGUCGUCACCUAACAAUGGAAAUAUGUAAAACUGGAAAUGUGACUUGUCCCUGGGAGAAGCCAUAGACAACAGAUACAACUGGAACUAAAACUGGACAUCAGAAUGAAUCUGGCGAAAUAAAUCUGGACAUUACCGAACUGAAACUGGACACGGGAAAGGGAAACAUAUUACUCUAUAAUCGACAUGCUAUCCAGAAAUCGGGAAAACAGAAAAUUAAAUCUUCAGAGACAGGCGUAUAUUGGUAUCUAAAUUAAUUUUUAGCAAUCAAUAUGGACCCAUUUGGCUUAUAUAAAUUUGGAUUGUUGAAUUCUAAAUCUCCUUGGCAAUUACUGGUCAACACUCUUAGAAAGUGAAAACGUUGGAAAGUCAAGACAACACAAAGUCAUAUAACACACAUUGGAUCUUAUGUAAAAUAAGUUAAUAAAAUAAAUAUUCGAGCAUUGCAA